AUGUUCCAGGAAGUGAACGAUGCAGCUGCAAACUAUAUGAAGAAAGUCCCAGUUGACAAGUCAGUAACUAAUCAGUUCGAUCAUAUUCAAUACAGCUUGGCUCAGUAUGAGAAUAAUGUCCAAGCCAAGUUCCAUAAAUUAAAUAAUAUUAAAGCACAACAGAAUAUCAGAUCACGAUCACAUCACAGAUCACGAUCACAUCACAGAUCACGAUCAAAUCACAGAUCACGAUCACAUCACAGAUCACGAUCACAUCACAGAUCACGAUCAAAUCACAGAUCACGAUCACAUCACAGAUCACGAUCACAUCACAGUUCACGAUCACAUCACAUAUCACGAUCACAUCACAGAUCACGAUCACAUCACAGAUCACGAUCACAGAUCACGAUCACAUCACAGAUCACGAUCACAUCACAGAUCACGAUCACAUCACAGAUCACGAUCACAUCACAUAUCACGAUCACAUCACAGAUCACGAUCACAUCACAGAUCACGAUCACAGAUCACGAUCACAUCACAGUUCACGAUCACAUCACAUAUCACGAUCACAUCACAGAUCACGAUCACAUCACAGAUCACGAUCACAGAUCACGAUCACAUCACAGAUCACGAUCACAUCACAGAUCACGAUCACAUCACAGAUCACGAUCACAUCACAUAUCACGAUCACAUCACAGAUCACGAUCACAUCACAGAUCACGAUCACAUCACAGAUCACGAUCACAUCACAGAUCACGAUCACAUCACAGAUCACGAUCACAUCACAGAUCACGAUCACAUCACAGAUCACGAUCACAUCACAGAUCACGAUCACAUCACAGAUCACGAUCACAUCACAGAUCACGAUCACAUCACAUAUCACGAUCACAUCACAUAUCACGAUCACAUCACAGAUCACGAUCACAUCACAGAUCACGAUCACAUCACAGAUCACGAUCACAUCACAUAUCACGAUCACAUCACAGAUCACGAUCACAUCACAGAUCACGAUCACAGAUCACGAUCACAUCACAGUUCACGAUCACAUCACAUAUCACGAUCACAUCACAGAUCACGAUCACAUCACAGAUCACGAUCACAUCACAGAUCACGAUCACAGAUCACGAUCACAUCACAGAUCACGAUCACAGAUCACGAUCACAUCACAGAUCACGAUCACAUCACAGAUCACGAUCACAUCACAGAUCACGAUCACAUCACAUAUCACGAUCACAUCACAGAUCACGAUCACAUCACAGAUCACGAUCACAUCACAGAUCACGAUCACAUCACAGAUCACGAUCACAUCACAGAUCACGAUCAAAUCACAGAUCACGAUCACAUCACAGAUCACGAUCACAUCACAGAUCACGAUCACAUCACAGAUCACGAUCACAUCACAGAUCACGAUCACAUCACAGAUCACGAUCACAUCACAAAUCACGAUCACAUCACAUAUCACGAUCACAUCACAGAUCACGAUCACAUCACAGAUCACGAUCACAUCACAGAUCACGAUCACAUCACAGAUCACGAUCACAUCACAGAUCACGAUCUCUCCCGUUCCUAGCGCUGCAGGGUGGGUAA